AUGGAUCUCCCCACUAAGCAGCAAUUACAUCCAUCCUCCUCUCAGCCACUUCAACACCAAAAUCACCCUCACCACCAUCAACCCUGUCAACACACCUUCCUCCCUCAAUCUCACAUCGCCCCGCUCCCGCCCCUUUACCUCACACCCACAGCCACAUUCACCAUCCGCCCCUCUACUCUCACCAAGCUCACGCGGGCUCUUACCAGCCUCGGAACUCCACACACCCACAGCCCCUUCCUCAACCAUGAUAUUGUCAAACUCCGCAAAGAACUCGAAGCCGGUAUGAGCCGCGAGAGAAGACAGGCCAUGCAGUUUUAUAUCUUAGGAAUUAGGGGUCCAAGGAAGAGAGCGGCUGCGGAAGUGUAUUUGGCGAGGUAUAAAGGUUUCGUUUUUGGAGUGGAUGGGAGGUUGGGAUUUGGCACUGAGGAGGGGGCAUAUGGUGAGAGUGAUGGAGAGAGGGUGGAAUAUAGAGUGGGAAGUGGGUUGGGAGAUCGUGGAGCAGAGCCGGAUAGUGGGAGGGCUGGAAGGAGUUUGAGACACAGAGUUGGAGGCUGUGGUGUUAUGUGAAGGAAGACUUGAAGGCGCUGCUAUUGUUUCGACUAAACUUGGAACUCCAGGUUAUUCGGAGAGAAGGGUUCACUUCUGUUUUGGACUAGCUGGUAGAAUUGUUCUGGAGAUCCAUCAUAUGCGUUGUC